UCUCUCUGACUGCCGGCUAUCUCUCUCUCUCUCUGACUGCCUGCUAUCUCUCUCUCUCUGAUCCAAUCUCUCGCUAUUUGAUCUGACCAUGCAGAGUGCAGCACUGCCUGCACUCCCUCAGCAUGACCCAGGCGCUGCCAGUGCUGUGUGCCACCCUGCCAUGCCUUCAUGCCUUGCUUUGUACCUGCUGCCCCUCCUCUUGCUGUGUUUGCCCGUGGUCAGGGGCUGCCCAGGGGGCUGUGUUUGCAGGGAUAGCCACACCAUAGACUGCAGAGACCUGGGACUCUCGGAGCUUCCAGGAGGCGCCUUCCCGCUGGUGAUCAGGAAGAUCCUGAUGAGCAACAACCGGAUUCGGGAGAUCCCCACCGACUUCUUCAUGUAUCACCGGGACCUGGUCUACCUGGACCUCAGCAACAACUCGCUGUCGAGUAUCUCCCAGGGCACCUUCAGCAGCACCAACCUCAUCUACCUGGACCUCAGCUACAACAACUUCGCUCAGCUAGCGCCGGGAGCGUUCAGCUCGGCGCAGCGCCUCAUCAUGCUGCGCCUGGGCAACAACCCCCGCCUGAGGAAGGUCGAAGACGGAGCCUUCCUCCACCUCAACCUGCUGCAGGUGCUGGAGCUGAACGACAACGCGCUGGAGGCCCUGAGUGUGGCCACCCUCCGCUCCCUCCCCUCCCUCCGCACCGUCCGCCUGGAGGGCAACCCCUGGCUCUGCAAUUGCACCUUCGCCCAGCUCUUCCUGUGGCUCAGGGCGAACGCUGAAAUCCUCGCCACCGGCUUUGAUGCAAUCCAAUGUUCCUUGCCCAGGGAUAUGAGGAAGAUUACACUCAACGAGUUAUCCGACAACAGUUUCACAGAGUGCGAGUUCUCACUGACUCUGACAGACUACUUGAUUAUCUUUUUCUCUGGAGUUUGUGUCUCCAUCACUGCCAUUACAACGAGCUUCUUCUUGGCCAAUAUUGUUCAAUGCUUCCAGAGACUGGGAUUAUUCAAGGAAAGUGAUGAUGAAGAAGAGGAUCAUUAAUAGAAAGAAACAGACACCAAAUGAACACUCAUCAUUUUAUUCCUACGUUUUUCAUUUGCAAAGGAAUUGUGAUUUUACUUAAAUAUACAGUUGCACAUUAUAUAAUGCAUUGAUUAGUAAGAUAUAUGCAUCUGUUGAUAAAGAUGAAAAUAUUAAAAUGAAUUUGUUUUUCUAGUUGAGGUUGCCCUCCAUAUAUUUGAAUGUAGGAACAAGAUUAGGCUAUUCAGUUUCUUAAGCCUGUUCCUCUAACAGAUUAAUGGAAUAAUGGCCUUUAUUAUCUACAAGACUAGACAACAAGGGAAUAAAAGUCAUGUUUCC